AGAUUCCCCGAUACCCAAGGAAUAUCCCCUUUUCUUCAGAAAAUCGUCGUUUCUCGUGUCGUCGAUUUUUCAGUGCAAUAAAUUUGUGCCGCACGACCAAUUUUAAUAAUAGACAAGGUAAUUUUACUUACAAUCUUUAAAUUCAACGAGCAGACCGUUUACUUUACUUAAUAAUACUGGAAUAAUAAGAUCAUUUACCAUCUUUUCAAAUUAUAAUUGUGAUCACACGACAACUUAUUAUACAUUACAGAUAUAAAUAGACCACUGACAUGGCAAAUUAUUUUUGUUGGAUAGAUUUUCUUCAGAAGAAAUGUUGAAAUUUAACACUUUAUUGAUAAUAUUGGCCACAGUGGUUUGCGCAACAAGUGGAUAUAUGUGGCAACCUGGAGGAGCUGCGUGCGGGUGUUUUAAUCACGUCUAUGUUGACAAGCCAAAAAGCAUUGCUGAUUGCUCUCCGAAAACAAAGUUCUUGAGUCAAAUUUUCCAAAACUAUAAUAACGUAAAUUUUGCGUUAUUGAUAAAUGCAUCGCCCGUUGGAUGCGAUCUGGCUAAAUAUCGAUACAGAAUCUAUGAGAUGAAGGAAAAAACGCUGAAAAUGGUUGAAGCUUAUUUCUCAUGUGUUGAGUCGAAUUGUACAACGGCACUAAUGUCAGCCUAUAACAAAUAUGUGGAUUUCGUAGCGUUUGAUUUCAACCCAUACACCCGUUGUGCUUUCACAAAUUUCAAUCGAGGUUGUGCUCAAGCUCUUGUAGAAAAUCGACCACCAGUUCAUGGCAGUGCUGAAAAUAUUCUAGUAGCUUUGCUCACUUGUGCUAAAUUGAGGGCGGAAGCACAUUCUGGAAAAGUGCAAUCGUUGAUACCGGCUCCUGCAAACCAUAACAAUGAAGUGGAAUGCAAUUGCAUUAAAAUAGAUCCAAGACCAAUACCAAAAGAUGAGUGCGAGUGCUACUCUACCAAAUACUAUUCAACACUUCACAGCUAUAUAGAAGUCAAUUUUGACAGAGUUUUCGCUGAAUAUAAAGCAAACCUUAACACAUCCUGUGAAUAUACAGAACUCAUUGGAUACACGGAACAACUAAAACAAUUGUCCCUAACGAUGAUGGCACUUCUUGAAAAAGCUAGUCCUCAAUUCUUUGAGUUUGAUGAAUACUAUAAGCAAUUUACAGAUUUAUUAUUGACAUACAACCUAGCGAUGAGGACAUACAAUUUAAAGAACGAUAAGAGUUGCUACUAUACCGCCCGUAAGGCCCGACAAAAUCCAAUUGCGAUUGCGGAGGCAGUCAUUGGAAUUUUAACGAAAUGCCUUGGAUAUAAGGUUUUGGGCGAUGAUCGAUGUAGUGUAUUUUUGAAAUGAAAUUUUAGUUUGAAUAAUUGUUUUGACAAUUUAAGGAAUUUACUUUAAGAAGAAUGUCACUUGUAUUAUCGAUCUGUCUGCUGCUGGUAAUAUUUUAUUAAAUUAUUUUUGAAAAAUU